GACGUCAACUACUACGCAGUACGCAUGCGCGUGUGUGGGCACACGUGAAGGCAACAUGGGCGACAAAGUAGUUGAACUGGACCGGUCGCAGGUGAAAAAGGCCGUGCAAGCUCUACAGGCGUUCCUCAAAACCAAGUCAUCAAAAAAAAAGCUUUUCACGGAUGACUUUCAUAAAAUCAACGUACUCUUCACCCUAUGGAAGGUCCCCGGGGAGGCGCAGACCAUUCGGAUUCCAUUGCCUCAUAGCACACGCACAGACUCCGAGAAUAUCUGCCUCUUCACCAGAGAUGAGCCGAAAAUGACCACAGAUCAAACCGUGAGGUUUUAUAAGAAAUUGUUGGAAGAAAGGGGAGUUAAAAAUGUCUCCGAGAUAAUCCCCUACAAAGUCCUGAAGACGGAGUACAAACCUUUCGAGGCUAAACUACGCCUGCUGGGGAAUUUCAACAUGUUUUUCGCUGACAGCCGCAUUCGCCGCCGUCUGCCGUCCCAUCUCGGGAAGCACUUCUAUGAGAAGAAAAGGGAGCCACUUGCGGUGAACCUGCUGAGCAAACAGCUGGCCAGAGACAUCCAGAAAAUGUUCAUGGGCACCACUGUCAAGGUCAACAACAACGGACCCUGCUGCAUGGCACGUGUUGGCCACUCCGCCAUGACUGCCGAUGAGUUGACGGAAAACAUCGAGGCGGCUGUCCAAACGAUGGCGGAAAAAAUACGCAUGAAGGGACCAGUGCUGAAGAUAAUUCACUUAAAGAGUGAAAAAUCCGUGGCCCUGCCCAUCUACAAUUCAAAUCCGAGCCAGCUUCCGAAGCUCGACGCUACCGAGGCAGAGUCUGCUGCUGAAGGAAAUCUUCAGGACACAAAACAAACCCCUGGAAAGGAGGCAAAGAAAAGGAAGGUUGAGGAAGGUGAUGAAGAAAUUCCCCAGCUGGUCCCCAUCGAGGCAGAGAACAAAAAACCUAAACGGAAGCAAAAGAAAAUCAGACCUGCUGAUAAAAAACAUGCAAGCAAACAGCUCAAAAUGAAAACUGGCAGGGCUAUGAAACCAAAAAGAAAAUCUAAAAUGAGAUGAUUUUUUUUUUUCUAGACUGCGCAAUAUGUUUUAACAUUGUCAAUAUGUUGAAGAUUUCCCAUCUCAGAAUAAAACACUUUUGAUCUUACUAAA